AUGGAGGUUACAAUACGAGACCUGGCUCCGACUUCUGCAGCCGGUUCUGUACAUGCACUAUACGUCCUGGAGAGGGUUUGUUCUAUUCCAGCUUUGCUUGGCAGUUUGUUCGUCAUUAGCACAUUUUGCACUAUCCCAGGUUUUCGCAAGCCCAUCAAUCGCCUCAUAUUCUACGCGUCCUUUGGCAACAUCAUGUCCAACGUGGGACUUCUACUCGCGGAUUCAUUUCUCCACGCCCCGACAUCCGCUGGUUGUCAGUUCCAGGCAUUACUCUUUCAAUGGUUUCUGCCUGCCGAUGCAUACUGGGCCUUGGCAAUGGCUUUGAACGUUUACCUCACCUUCUAUUGCAAAUACGACGCCCAGAAGCUGCGCAAGAUGGAAAUCAUUUACCUUGUCUGCUGUUACGUCCUACCAUUCAUCCCUGCACUCACCUUCAUCUUCAUAAGCGACCCAGAACGGGGGAGAUUUUACGGUGCGGCGAGGCUGUGGUGCUGGGCGACGCCGAAGUGGAGGGUUGCAGGGGUGGCAACUUUGUACGCCCCGGUCUGGGCUGCCAUUGUCAUCAUCUUCGCGAUAUACAUCCGCACGGGCAACGAGAUCCUUCGAAUACGAAGAUCGCUGCAUUAUCUUAGCAACCGAGCUCUGGAUGAAUCCUUACCUGACGGCAACGCUCCCUCAUUCGCGAAAACCACCGAGGUCGUCAUACCUUCAGAGGAGGCUGAUUCUUGGCCCAAUGAUGGCCAAAACGGAGCUGUCCGCCCACCCUCCGAACGCCUGUAUUCCGAACCGAUAUCUGCCGGUGUGGGGCGAGAGGAAGCGUACCAACAGAAGGACGACGAGCCUUCCACACAAAACCGCGUUGUCCAACCUACAGUGCUAGAGGCGCAACGGGCGGAACAGGGCAACAAUGUUCGGAUUCGCCGGGCCGUUUACGAGUCCAACACCGCCGCCUGGUCGUAUGCAAAGUACACACUAUUUUUCUUCACCGCGCUUCUCGUCACCUGGGUUCCGCCAACGUGCAACAGAAUUGCUUCCACUGCAAGGCUUUUUUAA